GGCUUGUUUAUAGUGGAAUUCUCUUUUUGUGAAAAUAAAAAGGAGCAAAAUGACAGCUCUCACACGUACAGAUACAUAGAUGUUCCCGGACGAUAGGAAUUUGCAGAAGUGAGAAUCAGUGACAGAACAAGAAAAGAAAAGCAAAAAUGGAGAAGAUUAAAUGGAUGGCCGCAGUGGCGAGCAUAUGGAUCCAGUGCAUCUGCGGCGCAUCCUACGCCUUCGCCAUCUACUCCUCCGUCCUGAAAUCCACCCAAGGCUACGACCAAUCAACGCUCGACAUGGUGUCCGUUUUCAAGGACAUCGGCGCCAACGCCGGAAUCCUCUCCGGCCUCCUCUACUCCGCCGUGACGGUCCGCCGCGGCGGAGGAUCGCGGCCGUGGGUGGUCCACUUGGCGGGGGCGAUUCAGUGCUUCGCGGGAUACUUCCUUAUCUGGCUUUCGGUGAUCGGAGUCAUUAACCGGCCGCCGGUGCCGGCGAUGUGUUGCUUCAUGUUGAUGGCAGCGCACGCUCAGACGUUCUUCAACACCGCUAAUGUUGUCACCGCUGUUCACAACUUCCCUGAUUACAGUGGGACCGUCGUCGGAAUCAUGAAGGGCUUUCUUGGUUUGAGUGGAGCAGUGCUAGUACAAGUGUAUCAAACAUUUCUCAAGGAAAAUCCAAGCGCUUUCAUAUUGAUGCUUGCACUGUUGCCAACUUUUGUUUCCUUAUUGUUCAUGUGCCUGGUAAGAAUUAAUCAGACAAACAGUGGCGAUGACAAGAAGCAUUUGAAUGGUUUCUCAGCCAUCGCUUUGAUUGUUGCUGCGUAUCUCUUGAUCUUGAUAAUCUUGGAAAAUGUAUUUACUUUUCCAUUCUGGGCACGCCUUCUUACAUUUGUAGUGCUUCUUCUUCUUCUCGCUUCACCUCUUAGGAUUGUGGUCAAAGCCCGACAAGAGGACUCAUUGAGAUUACCACAAAUCCCCCCCAACGAGAGGACCCAAUUAAUCAAUGAAUCUACCAUUGAUUCUGAGAAUUUCUCUACAGAGGAAGAUUCUAUUGAGUAUCCUGGUAAAGAAAUGAAUCUCCUGCAAGCAAUGCGUACCAUAAACUUUUGGUUGUUGUUCGUUGCAAUGUUAUGUGGAAUGGGCUCGGGAUUGGCCACAAUAAACAACAUGAGCCAAAUUGGGGAAUCGCUUGGUUACACAACUGUGGAGCUAAAUACAUUAGUUUCUUUAUGGAGCAUAUGGAACUUCCUAGGCCGGUUUGGGGCUGGAUAUGUAUCAGAUGUAUUCCUUCACACACGAGGCUGGGCACGGCCAUUGUUUAUGGUUCUGACUCUGGCAACUAUGGCUGUUGGCCAUGUAAUCAUCGCUUCUGGUUUUCCCGGUAAUUUGUUUGUGGGUUCGGUACUAGUUGGAGUUUGUUAUGGUUCACAAUGGUCACUAAUGCCAACUAUCACUUCUGAGAUAUAUGGUGUUGUGCAUAUGGGUACUAUUUUUAACACCAUUGCCGUGUCAAGCCCUGUUGGAUCUUCUAUACUGUCUGUGCUAGUAAUUGGCUAUAUUUACGAUACAGAAGCAUCGGGUGAGGGGAAUUCGUGCUACGGCACUCAGUGCUUCAUGUUUUCUUUUUUCAUCUUGGCAUGUGUUAGUCUUUUUGGGUUUUUUGUUGCGUUGAUUUUGUUUUUCCGUACAAGGAGGUUCUAUAUGCAGAUUUUACUCAGGCGGAAUUUGGCAAUACGGUGAGAAGGGAAAAUGCAAUUUAUUUAUUUUUCUGGUUUUUUUGCCAAGUGUAAUGUGAGAUAUGUUUGUGGAAGUGAGGAAAAUAUGAGGCAAAGAUGGUUUUCUGAUCGUAUGAAAUUUUUAUUACAAUAUUGGAAACAUUUGUGAUUCUUUUGCGUAAAAA